AUAAAAGACAAGAAAAGACCUCAAAGUGAUAAUUGAAGAUGUGUGGAGGUGCGAUAAUCUCAGAUUAUGAACCAGUGGGAAACCGGGGCCGGAAACUCACUGCACGUGACUUGUGGGCUGAGCUUGACCCCAUCUCUGACUUCUGGCCAUCUUCCUCCAUUGCCGGCAAACUUGAUCACUCUCCGACUAACUCUCUGGAUAAGCCUAACAAAGCAGAUUCUGGCAAACCUAAUCAACCACAAAAAGAUACGAGUGUGAAGGUUGAGAAGGAGAGCAGUGGGGCAAGGCCGAGGAAGAACAAGUACAGAGGAAUAAGGCAGAGACCAUGGGGAAAAUGGGCUGCUGAGAUUCGUGAUCCUCAGAAAGGCGUCCGCGUGUGGCUAGGUACAUUCAACACUGCUGAGGAAGCUGCCAGGGCAUACGACGAGGCUGCCAAGCGCAUCCGUGGCGACAAGGCCAAGCUCAACUUUCCCCAGGCUCCACCUUCCACCCCAUCACCACCGGCCAAGCGACAGUGCACUAGCACCCUCCCUGAUCCUCCAGCACUCCUAGGGAGCUCUAACAUAAUGCCUGACAACCCUUCGUUGAUGAACUUCGGAUAUCAGAACCAAACAGUACCCUACUACCCCAUGGAAAUGCCCGUUGCUGAGGAAAAUCAUCAUCAUGAUUAUGAGCUCAAGGAACAGAUUUCCAACUUGGAAUCUUUCCUCGAGUUAGAGCCAGAUUCAUCUCAGUUUUCAGGGAUCGUCGAUUCUGACCCCGUUGAUAUUUUUCUGAUGGAGGACUUUGCUGCAUCUCAGCAGCAGCAGUUCUAUUGAACAUGAUCAAAUUAUCAUAUAGUUACUUUCAUCCUAAGUUGUUUGGUGUGUAUUUUCUGGAUGAGUGACUCUGGUUAAUUAGCUUUUGGUAGUAGUAAUGGUAGCACAAUGGAGAAAGUACGUAUGAUAAUAAUAAGUUGCGUGCCUUUGCAUGCAAUUGUAAUGUUAAUGCUAUGUUGUCUUGUGGUGUU